UAAAAGACCAACAAAUAAAAAACAAUGGGAAGAACACCAUCUUCUGAUAAAAAUGGACUGAAGAAAGGUCCAUGGACUCCAGAGGAAGAUCAAAAACUCAUUCAAUAUAUUCAAGUUCAUGGCCCUGGAAAUUGGAGAAACCUCCCCAAGAAUGCUGGACUUCAAAGGUGUGGCAAGAGUUGUCGUCUUAGGUGGACGAAUUAUUUGAGGCCUGAUAUUAGGAGAGGAAGAUUCUCUUUUGAAGAAGAAGAAACUAUUAUCCAACUUCAUAGUGUUCUUGGUAACAAGUGGUCAGCUAUAGCAGCACGCUUGCCUGGAAGAACAGACAAUGAAAUAAAAAACUAUUGGAACACGCAUAUAAGAAAAAGGCUAUUGAGGAUGGGCAUUGAUCCAGUAACUCAUAGCCCUCGUCUUGAUUUCUUAGAUUUAUCAUCACUUUUUAACUCGACUCAACUUAAUCUUUCAAGCUUGCUAGGACUACAAGCACUUGUAAACCCUGAGAUCUUCAAACUUGCAAAUUCCCUUUUACUAUCCCACACUCAUGAAAAUCAAGAACUAUUAUUACAAAAUCAAAACUUUCAAGGACCAGAACUCUUGCUCCAAAAACUUCAACAAAAUCAAUUAUUGCACAAUCAGUCCUCUAUUUCCCAACAUAAUGAUCAAUUGCACAACCAAGUUUCGGAAAUACCAAAUUGCACCCCACAAAAUGUUUCAUCUUCAUCUUCCCAAUCCAUGCAAGGUAUCAUGGGACACUAUAUGAUGAAUAAUGACCAAAUGUUCCAAAAAAAUGUGAUGUUACCUCUUCAAAACUAUAGUUAUUCUACGUCUGAUGUAUCUGAGAACUCAAUAAUUCAGUCCUUAAACAACAACAACAACAACAUCAACAACAAUCAGAAUAGUCUGAAUUUCAGCUUUGAUACGCCUUUGUCAGGCGCGGAAGAAGAAAAAGAGAGUUAUUGCAGUAACUUCAAUAAUUUCAUGAAGUUUGAAAUUCCAGAGAGUUUAAAUUUUGAUGAUUUGUUGUAAUA